AUUUCUAUAUCUCAUAAUUUAACAUCAAAUAAGAAUUUUAAAACAGAAAGUUAUGUAAAUGUAAGAAAAAUUAUAAAAAGAGAUAUAUUAUUAGAUCGUUUGAAGUCAUGGAAUGUAAGCGGAAUACAAUAUUAUGUUAUACCACCAGUUAAUGAAACUAAUGUUGCUAAAGCAAUUGAAUAUAUUGAAAACAAUACUUGUAUAAAAUUUAUAAAAAUGAAUGACAUAUUUUAUAAAAAGCAGGGUUUAAUUUUUAAAAAUGAUACAACUUGUUCAUCUAGCAUUGGACUUGUAAAUUCAAACAAACCACAGGUUAUUACAUUAUCUAGAAGAUGUUAUUUAACUGUUGGAUAUAUUUUACAUGAAAUUGGACAUGCAUUAGGAUUAAUACAUGAACAAUCACGAAGAGAUAGAGAUUAUUAUGUGGAAAUUAAUUUUAAAAAUAUAAAAAGUGAUAAUCACAAAAAUUUUCAUAAACUCGAACAAAAUUUUUUUAAAAAUUUUUCAACACAAUAUGACUUUAACGCUUUGAUGCAUUAUGGACCGAAAAGUUUUGCUAUAAAUACUAGAAUUCCAGUAUUAAAAUCUAAAUUACACGAAGCAUAUGACAAGGUUAUGGGUAAUAGAAAAAAAAUGACAUUUAAUGAAAUUAAGCAAUUAAAUUUAUGCCAUUGUAGAAAGUGUACUUGCGUUAAAAAUGGUGCAAUAAGAAGAAAAAAAAAUACAGCAAGGUGUAUGAAUGGCGGUUAUGCAGAUUAUAAUAAUUGUACAAAAUGCAUUUGUCCAACGGGAUUUACAGGAACGUUAUGCAAUGAAAUAGAAAAAGGUGACACAAGUUGUCCUGGUAAUACAUAUGUAGCUAAAUCUAAAGAAGAAUGUAUAGUACUGUCAGGUCAAAAAAAAUGUUACAUUUUCUUAACAGCAAAUCGAGGAAAAAAAAUUAAAUUACAAAUAAUUUCUUAUACUAAAAUAAGAAGAAAUGUAUGUGAUGAAGAAACCUCUAAUGAAAUAAAAUAUUUUUUGGAUAAAGGUAGUACUGGAUUACUUUUAUGUAACAAUUAUUGGCUUUUAAAUCUUACAUCGCAAAGUAAUUCUGUUCUUAUAGCGUAUAGAGGACAAACAAAAGAUGACGCACUUUCAUUUUCAUUUAGUGAAACAAAUUAA